ACGUGUGAGACGCGCUCGAGAAAUUGAAAAACUACAACUUUCAGGUAGUUUCGAUUUUGAGAAAUAAAAAAAAAUAACCAGAAAAAAAAACGCAAGGCAACGCACAAACCGUAACGAAACGAAUAUUCGAAAAAAAAACAACAAAUUUGAUAGUUUUUUGUUUGUCAAAAAAAAUCCCCCUCCUUCCCCCCCCAAAAUAUAAAAAAAAGUUUUGUUAACACAGGAGGGGAAAAAAAGAAAAUCUCAAGGAAAUGGUGUGAAAAUUUGUGUUGUGGGGGGCCUUUUUUUUUAUCACAUACCCCCAAACCGUUAAUAGUGAGUGUCUUGGGAGCUUUUACAUAAGCAAAUCAUCCUCCAAAAAAAGAAAAGGAAAAAGAAAUCGACAAAAAUGUUUUUCCACAUCAUUACCAUUGUGCGGCAGUGUUUUUGCAGGUGUUCGAAAGGAAAAUUUUCCAAUGUCUAUUGAAAAAGAAAAAAAAAAUUGUUUUAUCGAAGUCAUACACAACCCGUUUAAAUCGAGGGUAGAGGAAGAAGCAGCAGCAGCGGCAGCAGCGGAAUAAGGAAAAAAGUUUAAUAAUACAAUCAAUAAUUUGUGGAAUAAUCACAUCAAUCGAAUUUAAUCAGUGUUGCUUGGGAAACGGAUGUGGAAAUUUUAAAAAUUAUUGAAUGAAAAGUGCAUAUAAAGAAUUUAUAGAUUAAAUUCCCUUUAAAAAUAUUUAAGAAAAAUAGUGAUGAUAGUGAAUAUUGCAUGUAGUCUAUUAAGGAUUCAAAUGAUGUUUUCUGUUUCUGAUACCAGUUACCAAUGUCAACUUUACAUUUUGCAGCUAAGAGGAUAUUAAAGUGAUUAGAAAAGUGUUUAAUGCGGAGUAGAGCAAGUGCCCACCGUUAAUGAUAAAAAGUAAUAUUACAAAAAUUGUGUAAAAUUGUGUCUGAAAGAAAAUACAUAAUCAUAUAUUCAUUAUAAUCAAUACAUAAUUUUAAAAAUAUUAAUAAUAAUAUUUCAUUUACCUUCAAGUAGUCUGGAAUGCCUAACAACAAACUGUAGAAUUGUGCAUUUUCAGUAUUGAAAGUUUAAAUAAUUGUGAGCAAAUAGUGAAGUUUCCAUCACCAUAACAUAUCACCAAUCAGCUUUUUUGAAUUUCUUGUCAAUUGCUUGUGGAUUACUUCGUUGACAUUUUGAUAAGAAUUGAUAUAGCAGCUCAUGAUCUUUUGAAGACAUAUGCAAAGAGAGACAUCUUCAAGAUCAGAGGAUAAAAGUGAUUUGUGAUAGUCGCAGGAAAACGGAAGUAAUCGCUCUUGAUUUCCCCCCCGAUCUCGCUAUGCAAACGAAACGAGGCAAAAACGGCAUUCCUCGAAUUCCGUAGCUGUAGCCAAAGCCAAACCACUCAAAACCGGAGCUGAAGCCUAAGAAAACAACAGCAACAAUAACAACAACAAACUAUGAUACUCGCUGAAUAUUUGGUGCGUUUUGUGUGAUUCGAUAUUAAAGCCAAGAUGACAUGAACUUGCGCAGCUUCACUGCACCCAAGCUGCUUCGUUGUGAAUAUUUGUCAAACACAAAACUGACAAAAAAACACACACACACACACAUUUGAUAUCCACAGCGCAGGGGCGCUACAGAGAUGCGGAAUUUGAAACAGCCGCCCGUUUGUCGAAAAAUGAGAUACAUUUUCAUAACUGUAACCAUCGGUGGUAUCUGAAUGCAGCCAAGCGGCAAAGAAGUCACCUCAACUUUGUUGCUAUUUUUGUUGAAGUUCGUUGUGUUUUUGUUGUUUUGGAUUUUUGGUAAUUUAACCAUUAACAGAGCAACAGUUUUAUUUCGAUCAGUUGUGUUAGAGCCAACGACAUACAUGUAUGCACCCAUAUACGCCGCAUAUCAUCAUCAUCGGGGUCUGCUGCACGGUAACCGAAAACUUUUGUUUCAAACAACCUGAGAGUUGCAAGCGACCAUGCGCGCAUGGCUUCUACUCCUCGCAGUGCUGGCGACUUUUCAAGCGAUCGUUCAAGUUGCUAGCACCGAGGAUAAUUCAAUAUCAUCGAGUUUCAUACAAGCGAUACAACCGAUAGAUAGAAAGGAUAUUCUCAUAAAUAAUAAGUCGUCGCUACCGCCGCCGUCGCAGACGACUUCAAAAAAGAUCAAAACCACAACAACGGCCAUAAUCGAAAAAAACACCGCAGUUACUGCUGCAUCCACUACAACUACUACUACUACGGUCCAAAUGGAUUUUCAAAACGUUGCGCAUUAUCAGCCAACGAUUGUUUAUAAACCACAUAUGACAAGUGAUAGUGACAAAUUAAGUGUAAAAGAACAACAACAAGAAGCACAAGUGCAACAAAAACAACAACAAGAAGAAAAUAAUAGUAAUAAAAACAUUAUCAUUGAAAUCAAAAAUAUUGAAGAAAUCGAAACAAACGAUUUAAACGAUAUACAAGCUAUGCAAGUGUUAGAAAAUCACAACAACCACAAGCAAAAAAUAAGUAAUAGUAAUAGCCAUAAUAAUAAUAAACGCCAUAGUAAAAAUAAUAACAACAAUAACAAACAAAGAGAGAAUCUUACAGAAGUUAAAGAAGAAGAAGAAGAAGAAAAUUUGUUAAACAAAUCCAAGAAGUUACAUAAAAAUCAUAACAGUAAACAUAAAACAACAACAACAACAAACAUGGCUUUAAGUGAUAAUGAAGAAAAUAAAGAAAAUUUCCCACAACAACAACAACAACAAAACCAAAAAGUUCUAAAUCCAGAGGAUUCCUCUGCUGUAAAAUCAAGGCAUAGUUCCUCCACACAGCAACAGCAACACAAAAAUCAUCAACACACGCAUCAGCAUACGCAUCAUCAUCACCACCACCAUCAUCAUAAUCAACAGCAACAAGAAACACAACCUGCCUCACAACAGCAAAAGCAACACCAGCAGCAGCAUCAUCAUCAUCAUCCUCCUCACCAACAACAGUCCGAACAAAUAAGGGACUCUGCAACAUCCUCCCCCAUAAUUAGUGAUAUACAAACCACCUCCAUCCACAAUUCAAAAUCUCAAGCCCCCUCCUCCGCCUCCUCACCCACCACCACCCAUCAUAAUGAUGAUGAUGCUGAUGAUGAUCUAUGGCCUACAUCAGAUAGCAGUUCUAUUGAGGACUCUGAUGUCAUAGCCGAAGAUGAUGAACCUCAAGUGGAUGCUGUCAUACCCGAGGUUGGUCCACGCACCUAUAGUAAUAAGGAGAUAAUUGGCGAGAAGCUUAAGCCGGAUCCCUCAACUCUAGUCGAAAUUGAAAAUAGUUUAUUAUCACUUUUCAAUAUGAAGCGGCCGCCAAAAAUCGAUCGCUCCAAAAUUGUCAUACCGGAGGCCAUGAAGCAAUUGUAUGCCCAAAUAAUGGGUCACGAAUUGAAUUCUGUAAAUAUACCAAAACCUGGUUUGCUGACAAAGUCUGCGAAUACUGUGCGAAGUUUUACGCACCAAGAUAGUAAAAUCGACGAUCGGUUUCCUCACCAUCAUCGGUUUCGUUUACAUUUCGACGUGAAGAGCAUACCCGCCGAGGAAAAGCUGAAGGCUGCCGAAUUGCAGCUGACACGUGACGCCAUCAGUCAUGCCUCCCUCAAUCCCCGCCUGGCCAAUCGCACCCGCUAUCAGGUGCUGGUCUAUGACAUCACGCGGGUGGGGGUGCGGGGCAAGCGUGAGCCCAGCUAUUUGCUGUUGGACAACAAGACGAUACGUCUGAAUAGCACCGAAACGGUGAGUUUGGAUGUACAACCUGCUGUGGAUCGGUGGCUGGCUUCACCGAAAAAGAAUUUCGGUCUACUGGUUGAGGUGCGAACAACGCGCUCCCUCAAGCCGGCGCCGCAUCAUCAUGUCAGACUACGCCGCAGUGCGGACGAGGAGCAUGAUAGUUGGCAGCGCAAACAACCCCUGCUGUUCACCUACACCGAUGAUGGGCGUCACAAAUCGCGCUCCAUACGUGAUGUCAGCAAUCGCUCAAAACGAGCGGGCCACCAUAGGCGAGCGCAUCGGCGAAAGAACAACGAAGAGGUGUGUCGCCGACACUCGCUCUAUGUGGACUUUGUCGAUGUGGGCUGGAGCGAUUGGAUUGUAGCGCCGCCGGGCUAUGAUGCCUUCUAUUGUCAGGGCAAGUGUCCAUUUCCGCUAGCGGAUCAUUUUAACUCAACCAAUCAUGCGGUUGUCCAAACCAUAGUCAAUAAUAUCAAUCCAGGAAAGGUACCAAAGGCAUGCUGUGUGCCCACACAGUUGGAGGGCAUUUCGAUGCUCUAUUUGAAUGACCAAAAUACAGUUGUGCUCAAGAAUUAUCAGGAUAUGACCGUGGUGGGUUGUGGUUGCCGGUAGAGCCAAAACAAAAAAACCAAAGCAAUGUGAGUAAUGUUUCAAUGAAGUUUGCCGAGGGGCAUGUGAAAUGAAAUGUCAACGAACAUGGUGGGGAGAAAUGCUUUUUGGAAAUUGAGCGACUAGGACAACUAGUAUACUGCUUGAGAUUCUAGGAUAGUUUAUUGAUAUUUUGAAUUGAUAGAUUUUUUUCAAAUUUUCGACUAUUUUUGAAGGAUUCUAACACUCUUCCGAAAAGAGUGGCAUGAGUAGGGCUCUUACACUUGCUUACAUUAUAAAAAAUGUUGUCAUUAGAUUCUAUACUAAAACUUUUUUAUUAAAGGGAUUUUCAGAAAAUGAGAAAUUUUUAUUUAUGACAAACAAAACUUGUAACGGUUUCUCUCUCCUGCACUCAAAAAGCUUUAAUAGCUAGAAAGUUUUUCUUCAGCCCUCUCUUUUAUUGUGAUGAUGAAAGUGAGUGAGGAAAUACACAACGGAAUGAAAAGCACAACCCUAUUUCUCUCUGUCUAUCUCUUACCAACAUACGUCACACUCUCUCUCUCCCUCAUUACCUCUCUCUUUUUUAAAAGUACUCCAUUAGGGGAGACGUUAAAAUCAAUUUUUUUUCUCUCAAAGCUGUUCUCUGAGAACGAUCUGCAGCUGCAGCGAAACGGGGGUGCGGGGACUAUACUUACCUGCUUAUAAAGCUUUGGAUAUUCUAACAAAAUAUUGGCAGUGGUGGUGGAAUAUUUCGGACUUAUAAAACUUUUCUGCAACUGAGAUGUCGCUCUACGGCACAACGUGUCGGCUGUGGUAAACAAAAUUUCUGAAGUUAAAAAAAAAAAUCUUUUUGAUGUCUAAUGCCUGACGAAGUUGUUAUUUGGGAAGUUUUGAGCUGAGGUUAGAAUUUCCCCCUGAGGCUGAACACCUCGGUUCGAAUUCUGGCUAGAAUAUUUGUAACAUUUUUUGCAUUAUUGAUGGAUUAAAAAAAAUUAAAAUAAAAAAUAAAAUAAAAUAAAAUAAAAUAAAAUAAAAUAAAAUAAAAUAAA